CCGUAACGAAAACCUAGUGGGAAGUGGAAGUCUAUUAUUAUAAACGGAAAAAGCCGGUCACGUUUACAAAAAUAUCACUGGAAACAUCGAAAACGAAAAAACGUUACCACAUUCACUCAGUCAGCGGUGCUCUGGUAUACACGGUCGAUUUCUUUCGGCAUCACUUUUGGGAAGAACAACGCUGAACGUUCCUCUGGCUCUAACGUGACCCAGUCGAUCGAAAUCGUUUUCUUAAAUCAUAAUAAUAUUUACGUACUUUAUUAUUUCCUAUCGCCGGCGUAUCUGUGUGUGUAUUUAGUUUCGUAUCCCGUCUAACGUCCUUAAUAAUCGAAACCAAAAUGCCUACCUCACAAUUAUUACACGACAACACUACUACUCACUUGGAUUAUAUGAGCACCUUGGACAUCGAUGUUGAAGCUCAAUUUGUUCGAUUGUCUGGUAUCAUUUGUACUAUUGGACCUGCUUCGGUUGCUGUGGAAACACUCGAGGAAAUGAUUGACUCUGGCAUGAAUGUUGGUCGCUUGAAUUUCUCUCAUGGUUCACAUGAAUACCAUGCAAACACAAUUAAAAACUUAAGACAAGCUGCUGAAAAUUAUGGCAAGAAGAUUGGUGUUUACAGCCCAUUAGCUAUUGCUCUAGAUACCAAGGGACCUGAAAUAAGAACUGGUUUAUUAGAAGGCGGUGGAUCAGCUGAGGUUGAACUGAAAAAAGGUGAACAAAUCAGUCUAUCUACAGACAAAGCAUUUGAAAACAGCGGUAAUGCCUCUAAAGUGUAUGUUGACUAUCCCAACAUAACCAAAGUGGUGAAACCAGGCAACCGAGUAUAUGUUGAUGAUGGUCUUAUUUCCUUAAUUGUCAAAGAAAUUGGCAGCAAUUUUAUUGUGUGCACUAUUGAAAAUGGUGGUUCAUUAGGAAGUCGUAAAGGUGUUAACUUACCUGGUGUACCUGUGGAUCUACCAGCAGUAUCCGAAAAAGACAAAAGUGAUUUGAAAUUUGGUGUUGAACAAGGUGUAGAUAUGAUUUUUGCAUCAUUCAUCAGAGAAGCUGCAGCUAUUAAAGAAAUCAGAGAGAUCUUAGGUGAAAAAGGGAAAAACAUAUUGAUUAUUUCAAAAAUUGAAAAUCACCAAGGCAUGAAAAAUUUGCAAGAAAUAAUUGAAGCUUCUGAUGGUAUUAUGGUUGCUCGUGGUGAUCUAGGAAUUGAAAUCCCACCAGAAAAGGUCUUUUUGGCUCAAAAAGCUAUGAUUGCACGUUGUAAUAAGGCUGGCAAACCAGCUAUUUGUGCAACUCAAAUGUUGGAAUCUAUGAUUAAGAAACCUCGUGCUACCCGUGCAGAAUCUUCUGAUGUGGCAAAUGCCAUCCUUGAUGGAGCUGACUGUGUUAUGUUAUCUGGAGAAACAGCCAAAGGAGAAUACCCAUUAGAGUGUGUACGUACUAUGGCUACCAUCUGUAAAGAAGCAGAGACUGCCGUUUGGCAAAGACAAUUGUUUGCUGACUUAUCGUCUGCUGUUAAUUUGCCUUUGGAUGCUUCACAUACAACUGCUAUUGCUGCUGUAGAUGCAGCUAAUAAAAGUAAAGCUGCUGCUAUUGUUGUUCUUACAACUUCUGGUCAUUCUGCACAUCUCAUUUCUAAAUAUCGCCCACGUAGUCCAAUCAUAGCUUUGACCAGAAAUGUCCAAGUUGCACGUCAAUGUCAUAUUUAUCGUGGUAUUCUACCCUUAUUCUAUAAUGAACAACCAUUAAGUGACUGGUUGAAAGAUGUGGACACCCGUGUAGUGCAUGCCAUUAAUUUUGGUAAAUCCCGCGGAUUCAUUAAAACUGGAGAUCCAGUAGUAGUCGUCACUGGAUGGAAGAAAGGUUCUGGAUACACCAACACUUUACGCAUCGUUAACGUGGAAUGAGGUUCUCCAAAAUUGGCUUAUAUACUGCAAUAAAAAAAAAAAAAAUUUAAAAACCGUUUUUU